AUGGACCGCGUCAUGUCCGUGUACCCGAUGACGCCAACGUCACCGUCUGGCAAAUCCUUUGCAAUGGUAAAGAAGUCCCCUCUCCUCAUUGUAUCCACCAACUCUAACCAUACCAUCUCCUUAGGCUUAGGCCCUUUCACUGUCGACAUCGCCGCCGAGUCCAGUACACCAGAAGCCAAUCCCGCUCGCCCCCAGUUCCUCAGAGGCAUCACUUUCAACGCCGAAAAAGAAGAAGAAUGGAGAAACACCGUCCUUCCCUACAUCCGCCUUCUGACUUUCACCGUCGCCUCUACCACCGACACCUACUUCAUCGGCGAAAUGCUGCAGUCUCUUCCCGAUCUCGACAAAAACAUCCUCAAAGUCGACAUGAACGGCUUUCACUGGUUCUCUGGUAUUACCGACAACCGCCAUUCAAACCCAUAUCUCGCUCUGGCUUCGAGUCUGCCUGAGCUACAAGAGAUGGCUUUCACUCUGCAUACAUCCACGGUUACAGAUUCCAUGUUCGGUGAGAGACAGCUUCAAGAGUUAGAACGGGUAGAUCCUGAGAGGGCGAAGAGAAGGGUGACGAGGUCGGUUGCGGAUAUUGUUCGGAAGUAUGGGAUGAAAUCCAUCUUCGACAACAAGUCCCUGAAGCACCUCCGUCUGGUAUACAUCAAGAGCGACAUGGUGGCCGCCUACACUGUCGAUGGCGACCCCGAGAAUGUUAUCGCCGGUAUCAAGAAUUGGUUGCUACAGGGCUUCAGGAACCAAGGUCAGGAGGUUGUGGUGGAGCUUUCACGUGCGUCUUGA